AUGCCUCCAUUACAAGAGGAUACUGCUACUUGGACUCAACAACAAGUUUUGCUCGGAAUCGGAGCUCUCUGUGUGUCAGGAGGAUUGCUUUUGGUCGACAGCCUACCAGCGAACGCUCAUGAUUUGAUGGCCCACAAUCCUGUAACCACGAUAGAUACAGCUACUGUUAUGAUUCCUUCGUCCGCAAUGACGGAUACACCAACAAUUGAUAUGGCUUCAGCAGCUACGGUAGUGGCUCCGAUUGAUUGGAGUGCCAUUUUCCAAAAGGCAUCCAAAAAGGCCUUGGGUGGUGGCAAGGCUGGUGCUUCCGCAGCGGUGGUUCAAGUCUUUAGUCUCAUGUGGUUGAGGACGUCCAUGAACUAUCAAUAUCGGUAUGGUGGCAAUCUACUUUCGUCGCUACAAACAUUGUGGCAAGAAGGUGGGAUUCCUCGCCUGUACCAGGGAUUACCCUUUGCCUUGGUACAAGGUCCGUUGACGCGGUUCGGAGAUACGGCGGCAAAUGUGGGCGUUUUGACACUAUUGGAGAGUAUCCCUGAAACACAAACAUUGCCGCUACCCAUCAAAACGGUCCUAGGUUCCAUUGCUGCUGGAUCAUGGAGAAUUAUUCUAAUGCCGAUUGAUGCCUCCAAGACAGCGAUGCAAGUAGAGGGGGCCGAAGGAUUGUCUAAUCUUUGGAACUUGACUGUUGCUGAAGGACCAGGCCCACUCUACCAAGGCGCACUCGCAUCGGCAGCGGCUACAGCGGUGGGUCACUUUCCCUGGUACACUACCUACAACUAUUUGAACCAACUCUUGCCAGAAAUUGCAAAGACGGAAGACUUGUUUCUCUCCUUGGCUCGGUCAGCCCUUAUUGGAUUUUCAGCAUCUUGCGUCUCAGAUGUUUGCAGCAAUAGUUUGCGAGUCAUCAAGACUACCAAGCAAACAGCACGUCUCUCGGAAAAGGACAAAAGUGGCGGAGACGGCGAUAAAAACAGCCCUACUAGGGAAGACAUCUCGUACGCCCAAGUUGUCAAACUGAUUAUAGAAACAGAUGGUCUGAAAGGUCUAUUUGGCCGAGGUCUCCAAACACGAUUGUUGACGAACAGUGUGCAGGGUGCUGUCUUUAGUGUCUUGUGGAAGUACUUUCAGCAGUCCAAUGGUAGUGCUUGA